CUCUCUUUAGCGCCAACUUUCAGGCAGAGGGUUAGUUACUACACAUGCACCAUUGUGUGUGUUCAUUCAUAUCCUGGCACCGGACACACAUUUACCCUCUCCCCUCUACGCCAUGCAGACAUCAGCACAGGACAUACCCCCGGACUUCUAGUCGUCACUUUGACACUGAGCACUAUGCAGUCAGCGAAUGUGAUAGCAGUAAUGAUACUAUCGAAGGUUCGUUAUCGUUGUUAUUAUCGACUGUUCAUGAAACACCAUGCUAACAUUAGCGAUGAGAAGGUCGAGUCGGGACUUUACACCUGUGAGCGGCAGUGACAUUGGAGACGAUGACGAAAAUAAUGAAGACGUAGUUCUCGUUGGGAAUUCACCUACUUAUCAGCAAGUUAGUCAAUAUCAGCGACAGCCACGUGACCCAGCGUUAGUUACAACUACUACUACUAGCAGUGUCAGUGGCGGUGCUGAUUAUAGUCAGCGACAUCGGAUUGUUACAACUGGUAGAGGGGAAGAGUUUGUGGACAUACUGCAAGUGCAACAGUUGCUGCUGGACAACGCUAGUGUCGGUAGUGUUUCUAGUGUUGGUGUUGGUGCAGGGGUUUUGGGUCAUCUACACAGAACUGCGACCACAGAGUAUCCACACGUAGGAUUAGAGGCUGCUGUCAGGGGUCGUAUGUUGCUUGAGAGUUGUCACGCCACUUCGCCGGCAGUACCAACCCCGUCGUUUCGGCACUACCACCAUCCACCUCAGACACAACCGCCGCUGUCGUCGACCCCGUAUCAUUAUGCGAAUUACGUCCAGCAACAGCAGCAUCACACUUCUAGUGUCGAGGAUUUAUUUGCCCUCUGGCUGGGAUCUUCUGCCGCAGGCGCUACUUCCGGUGGUUUGGCCGUGGCUUCAACAGCAGGUCCCUUGUCCAUUCCUCCUGCUUCGACCAUGAUCAUGGACGGAUUGGACACUCUGACCCCAGGCCAGACGCAUCACCAUCACCAUCAUCCGACACCCGCACCCACAGCGGCAGCGUUCUUCGUCACUGAGGCAGCAGUUGCAGCCGCCGCAGCCCAUCACAUCAACGUCUUAAGUUUCGAGUACAAAGAGUCGUCAGCCUUUGGGGUUUCCGGCGGCGAAACAGGAGGUGAUCAGGACGAAGCCGCCGCCCCCGAAACUCAACCUGGUGAUCUCAACACCCCCGUUACUACGUCUGGAGACAUCCCGUCCUUCUUUGGGCCAUCCACCGUCGUCGAGCCUCCGCCAAUCACAGAUUUCUCUCUGUCCUAUCGAAUGGUCCGAAAGUUAUCUGGGGACAUGAAGUCUAUCUCAGCCAACAAAGUAACCAUGGGUCAAAGUCCUUUUCAUAAGCUCGUUAAGAAAUACCCACCUUUCUAUUACACCCCAAAGGCUCUUUGCCAUGUUCACAAGAGGCACUGA